AAUCAUCCACCAUGUUAAAAAUGUACUGAUAGAUGCGUGCUGUUACGGAAGCCAACGGAGAAAUCGCACUUAUUAUGAUUUGUAUUUGUCAAGGUCGAUUCUUUAAUUUAAUCAAAGAUGAAUGUAAAAACGUUGAAUUGUGUAAUAUUUAGGUCUCUGCGUCCGUGUUACACACAUGCUCCUGUGUCAUUAAGGAGUCCCUGUCGAGGUCAUCGACAAAGCACAAGCCAACCACCAAAACAUGCCAAACGACCAGAGAGGCCUGGAUUCAGUCCAACAGCAACAUCAAAAUAUGACUGGAUCGGUCCACCAGAUAGACUGUCGAACCUGAGGCCGAUCAUAUAUCACAUCCCUGAGAAUGAGACGCCACUGGAAAGGGAGUUGAGGCAUCUGAGACAGGAGACCGAGGACUGGAACCACGAGUUCUGGACCAACCAGAACUUCUCAUUUAGCAAGGAAAAAGAAGAAUACGUUCAAUUACAAUUGACGGCAAAAGGGUUGUCAGAAAGAGAUGAUGAUGGAAGGAAAAGGACUUUAAGCAGUGAGGAAAUGGCAGUAUUCUACAAACACUUCUUGGACAAAAACAUUACAAGGCAUUCCAGUUAUAACAGGGAAUGGUACAGACGGAACUUCACCAUUACACUUCUGAUGGCAAGAGUAGCUCUACACAACACAUGGAGGACACUGACUGGACGAGAGAAAGGAAAAACUACAUGAAAUACAAAUAAAGACUGUAAAUGAA